AGAAUGACGAGCCCUGCGUAUGGAAGCACGUUGCCCUGGGCGGAACCUCCUUGGUACACCGGCCGCCCAUCACCAUACUACAAAGACUCGCACCGACGACUCCGCGACGCGGUACGGAAAUGGUGUGAAGAGUACAUCGCCCCGCACACCGAAGAAUGGGUAGAAGCCGGCGCGGUCCCGCCAUCCAUCUACGCAGAGUGCGCCAAAGCCGGGCUCCUUGUCCCCAUCGCCGCGGGCAAGACGAUCCCCCCGCAGUGGGCGAAAUACGGCAUCAUCGGCGGGAUUUCCCCGGAAGAAUGGGACGGCUUCCACGACUUCGUGCUGUGGGACGAACUCAUCCGCGGCGGAUCGAUCGCGUCGCUGUUCAUCGGACUCACGGUGGGCGCGCCGCCGCUGCUCAAGUUUGCGAGCACGCAGCUCCAGGAGAAGAUCUUUCCCGAGAUCCUGAGCGGCGAGAAGAGGAUCUGUCUUGCGGUAACGGAACCCUCUGCCGGGUCUGACGUGCGUAACCUGACGACCACGGCAGAGAAGACCGCGGACGGGAAGCACUACAUCGUCAAUGGCGAGAAGAAAUGGAUCACGAAUGGCAUGUUUUCUGACUACUUCAUGACGGCGGUGCGGACGGGCGGGGAGGGCGCAGAGGGCAUUUCGAUGCUGCUGAUCCCGCGGUCGGAGGGCCUCCGCACGCGUCCUGUGCCUGUGAUUGCGGGCCCACUGUCCGCGACGACGUACGUGACGUUCGAGGACGUGAAGGUGCCGGUUGAGUAUUUGAUCGGGGCGGAGGGGAGGGGGUUCGCGCAGACGAUGGUCAAUUUUAAUCACGAGAGGUUGUGGAUUACGUUCCAGGCGCUGAGGGGGUGUCGCACGGCGAUCCACGACGCGUUCCAGUGGGCGCUCAAGCGCGAGGCGUUCGGCAAGACGCUCAUCGAGCAGCCGGUCGUGAGGUACAAGUUUGGGAACAUGGGGAGGCAGAUCGAUGCGCUGCAGGCGUGGACGGAGCAGAUUAUCUACGAGCUGGAGAAUCUGAGCGAUGCGGAUGGCGCGAGACUGCUUGGUGGUACGACGGCGUUGCUGAAGGUAGAGGGCGGGUUGGUGUGCAAAUAUGUGGCGGAGGAGUGUCUUAAGAUCAUGGGUGGUCUGGGGCUCACCAAGACGGGUCAGGGCGCAAGGAUUGAAGCUUUUUAUAGAGGCGUACCCAGUUUUGUGGUGCCGGGAGGAUCAGAGGAUGUCAUGAUCGAUCUUGGGGUGAGGGAAGCGCUGAAGCUGAGCAGGCAGGCGGAGAAGGCGAGGGCUAAAAUUUGAGCGUUGGGAGAUGGAGAACUGUAUUGUAGUUGGCAGAAUUGAUUAUUGGGAGAGUACUUGAUGCAAUUAUACAUUCUCCUUGCGGUUACACAUUAUCGAACAGG